GAUGGCUAGAUUUGCAAUAACAAUCGUUUCAGCAAGCCCUGGCAUUCCCACAAACUCGGCGUUUCGCUCCAGAAGGUCUUGUAGGGUAGCGUAACACUUGCACCCGUUGCUUCAAAGUUUCGUUACACCUUCGGAAACUUCUCUCAGCAAAGGGAAUCGACUCAACAUGAAAGUCUUGACUAGCAAGAACAACGUAUCAGCUGCUCUUCUACUGACAGUGUUGAUUGGAAUCUUUCAAGGAUGCGCUGCGAAUUGUCCCGAUUGCUCAGAGCAAGACCCAAUGCUCAAUGGCACUACUGAUGACCAUGGCUGUGUCCCUGCGGCAGGCCAGAUUUGGUGUUCCAAUAAGCAGCAAUGCAUUUCAAUAUCUGAUGACUGCCUAGUGGAAGAGGUUUCCUUUGAGGGACCAACCAGCCUCCAAUGUCAAGAUGGAAAAUGCCGUGUCAACAAAGCCUGCAGGACUUACAUGAGCUCCUUCACUCUUCGAGGAUCCCUUUCAAAUCCACUGGAUGGGACAUUCAAUCUUCCUUCUGGCUGCACUGCUGACUGCACUGGAUGCCAACAACGUAGCAUGAGAAGUCUCCGUGGUGACAAUUUUAACUAAGCUGAUAAGGGUACUGGUACGCUGGGCCCAGAAAGAAUGGUAGCAAACUAAGCCAAACUAACUUUGACAGAACUACAAUUUA